GCCACCAGCCGCGCACACGGCGCGCAGUUCACGCCAAGGCGGUGCACGCCCCCCGUGCGCCCGCUGCCCGAACCACGGCUGCCGAAGCUGCGUCCGGGCAACGCGACUACUAUAGUUACUGCAACUACUGACCUGCCUUGUCCUGGCCUGGCCAGCUCUGCCUAUUGCUGCUGCUCGGACCGGCUUCUCGAGGCUGGCCGGCCGUUGUACGCUCAUUCUCUGCUAAAAUUCGGGCCAGCAAUAGCAGCAGCAGUAGCGACUGAGCACCAGCUGCCGUGCGACACGAAAGGAUUUCCUACAUGAACCGCCGAGGCUUGGGGCCCGCGCAAACGACGAACGCACCCGGCAGCAGCAAGGGCCUUGAGGAGGUAGCAGUAGCCGCUGUCGCCGCCGCGGCCUCAGUCUAUUGGACAGACUGUCCACAGCAAAGGACUCGCACCAACGGACCAACUACGACUCCCUAACGAUCAACAGACAACGAAGUCGGCGAUGACAAAUCAAAACAUCACAGUUGUUGUUGACUUGAAGCUUUAGUUAUCGCCAGUGUGAAAUUAGUGUGAAUUAUCUAGGCCAAAUAUCAGCAGUUUUCGUAUUUGAAAAGUUCUCCCGCCCAUCCCUAUUCUAUUUGCAUCAACCUAAUGGUAAUCGUUGAUUUCUUUGGUUUCUAAGAUGAGGUGAGCCUUAGCCACGAUGAACCGAACGCCUCGAUAAGCCCGCGAGAAGUGGCAGCCGCGAGAGAAGUACGGGCAAAUACCACCUGCGAUAUCUGCAGUUUCAUGCCUACAUCAUCUGGCCGUAGCAUCAUACAGGAAGCAAACUAGGACGCAAGCCUGACUCUAAAGAACAGCGCUAAAAGUGCCCAGAACAGCAUCGCGGAACAAGCAGAACUAAAGGAAGAACACGGACACGAAGAACAAAGCACGCAAGGAAUGAAUUUGCACCAACAGCAGCAUCGACCGCUCAACUGACGUAGAACAAACCAGAGCAAUAAUAAAAAAGCGAACGUAAUCAUCACUGUUCUACUUUGUGCCACGUACUGCUCGUACGACUAAUCAUCAUAGUGAUAAUAACAAUCCACUUAGCAGCAGGACGCGUCGGCCUUUCGUUGACGCUGACGUAGCUGGCUUUGAAUCGCCGAAUCGUGAACCAUCGAAAUGGAAACUGUCGUACAUAGUGAACACUAUAAUGGGCUAGGAUUGAGCCUGCAUAGUGGCGGGACAGUGGGAGGAAUGUUCGUGGACUAUUCGCUUGGUCCGCACGCACUGCCGCCCCGUGAGCUCGACGAGCGCCUGGACCACCCACGCCACCCCGAGCGCACGAGUGCGCCGUCCUCCGACCGCCAUGAAGCAAGACAUGAAAGCCGACAUGAGCGACACCACGAUCGUGCUCAGGGGUCCGGUGGCAGCGGAUCCCAGGAGAACGGUUCCUCGAGCGGCCGGAGUCCCGGCGCCAGUGGAGGCAGUAAUAAUAAUAAUACCAACGUUGGUAACGGCAAUGUCGGAGGCAGUACAGUUAACGCCACUUCUGGUAGUGGAGGAGGAGGAGGUCACAACAACACUAGCAACAGCAACAACAACAGCAGUGGUGGUAAUGUUGGUGGUGGUAACAGCAGCGGAAGCGGCAGCAGUGGUGGCCAGGCGCAGCGGGUGUCGAACAGCAGCAGCAGCAGCAGCAGCAGCAGCAGCAGCAGCAAACGCGGUUCGACCGACUCUGCGGGCGGCAGCCAGGGCAAACGCCCCGGCCGAAAGUGCGGUACUCACCUCCGGUUUGCGGAUAUCGAUGCCGCCAUGCUCCAGUGGAUGCUUGACAUGAACGCCUAUAAAGUGCCUCUUUCGGACUCGACGAUCCAGGCUAAGGCUAAACAGUUAGCACAGGUACUGGGAACCAACGACUUUAAGGCUUCCAAUGGCUGGCUAUACAAGUUCAAAGAGCGCCAUGGAUUCGUCAUGAGCAGCAAAGCGGCACAGUCAAGCAUGGGCCCGCCAAGCUCAGGCCCUCAGCAGCACCCUUCGCCUACAGGCGGCCAUAACCCGCUUCCCCAACCACACGCUUCACUGAACCCGCAUGUGGUGCCGCAUAGUGCCCACCUAGCAACCCAUUCUCACGGCCCCCACGGGGGCGCUACGGGUGCUUCGUCCUCCGCAAUGGGUUUGGCCAGCUUAGGUUCAUCUUCGAUUAGUUCCCAGCACUCGCUUAGCUCGCAUUCACCGCCUGGACACCCGCUUGCACCACUAGCUCCUCCCUCAAUGGCGGCGAACCCUUGUCUGCCAGGCGAGUAUCCCCCAGUGUCGACAAGUUCGAUUUCCCAUAGUGGCCAUCCUAGCCACCAUGCAGUUAUGUCACAGCAAAGAGGUCCCUUGCCUCCACUCCACCAGCCACCGCUGUCCUCACUUGGGCAUCCAUCGUCUGCUGGACAUCUGUCUUGUGGACAACUGGGAAGCGGUGACCUUGGGGGACAGAUGCCCCCUCCAGCAAUGCCGCCCUCCAGUGGUCACCCUCAUACGCCUCGUGCAGAUAGACUGACGCCACCGCCACCUCCGCCGCCUCCGCUUUCGUCACUGGGAAUGGGUCAGAUGCAAAUGGUUUCCCCUGGAGUUGGGGUUGUGAACCAGAGUGUCAUGCCAGUAUUGUCAGCCCCUCCCCAGCAAGUUAGUCCACCCCCUCCUGUUGCUACUCCAGCCAAACCUUCGCCCGAUUACGAGCUUGCCAAUUACCACCGCGCCCUAUUCGAUUAUGAUCCCCAACGAAUCUAUACAGUCAGCGAGACCUGCCUUCUUUACAAUAAGCUGCCGAACGCGGAACGAGAUACGCUAUCUGAUACCUUAAAUGCUGAUGCGCGCAUCACGGUCCUAUUGUGCUCCAACGCGAGCGGCACCCAUAAACUUCGACCGCUUGUAAUCAACUGUCGACGCGACGGAGAAGACUUCAACGAGGGCAGGGGCAAACUGCCUGUGUCGUAUGCGUCGCAACGGUCAUCGUUUCUUACCGGCAACAUUUUUCAACAAUGGAUCUGGGAGUUAGAAAGGAGAGUCGAAUAUCCUUGUGUCCUUCUCCUAGACACUAGUCCAGCCCAUGUAAGUGUAAGCGUACAAAGUGACAAAAUAAAGCUACUUUUCCUACAGAACUCAUUGCGUCAGCUGCAGCCACUCAAUCAGGGAGCUGUGACCGAGUUUAAAGCGCGUUAUAAGGCUGAAAUGAUUUCCCACGCGGACCAACAGGAGCAAAAAAUCGCCAGAGAGCAGGGCAAUCAUCAGGGCAGCAGCAACUGUGCGAUGCCAGCACUGCCAGCGCCCGAUGCCCUUGUGCCCUUUUUGGACGCUCUGUAUAUCCUCAACGAAGCCUGGAACUCUCUUGCGAGGGAGACGCUACUCGAAUCGUGGACUAAGUCACAGUUGCUCCCGGUUCGUAUUUAUUCUGGCAGACGAGAUAUUGAAGAGGAGGCCAUUCAUGAGUUAAGCCAAUCCAUCAAAGCCAGUCGCCUAUGUUGUGUCCAAGGCGAUAGAGGGGGAGGAAGUGACCGAAGCGGCACUUCUGGCGGUUCCGGAGGUUCGGCGGCCGCCAGUCCCGCUGAGGGGCUCGAACCAAGUCGACGCGAAGUUGAAGAAUACCUGCAUCUCGACGACACAUUCCCAACAUCGUACUCUUUCUCAGAGGAAGCCUUUGAAAGUUCAAGCGCAACACAAGGUUAUUCCUCAGAGGCUAUGGAUGCUGCUUUGAUGCAAUAUUACCAUUUGCGCCGGUCCCGUCAACUCACGCCGGAUGAGAUCCUCGCGAUGCUCGACAAGAUGGAGCAAUUUUUCACGCAUCAGGCGCUCAUUAGCUCGACGGAUAUGCUCGCCAUCCAGUCGCUCCGUUCCAAGACAUACAAGAUAGCGAGCAAUUACUAUCCGUCCCAAGCGUCAGCUGUGGCCUCAACGCCGCCCGUCGUAACGCCUCCCGCCCUGAGCUCUGGAGCCCAUCUCAGUGCUCAGUAUACUCCACCUGCUCUACUUACCGGAACGCCGUUGCUACCGCCGCCUGUACCAGUACCCCAUCAGCAGUCACCCUUCCCCUCAACAUCCUACUAAAAUAGAAGGAUAGAUGAGAGUAAUCCUAGGCCUACCAAGUGUUACGACGGCGAAGUUGGUACCGAUUAAAGGAAAUCAGGAAUAAAUUUCCUAACCCUGCACCCUAGAUUUUGCCAGUACCUCGCAUGCAGCAAUAGUAAAGCAAUUUAUGGAUGACUGCUCAAGAAGCAAUGAACAUCGAAUGAGUUGAACGGUCCUACUGAAGUCAAAUCUGUAUGUUAGCAUUUUUCCGGCUCAAGCUAAUCAACCCAGUCCUAUAAGCUGAAACGAGCACAUUUCUCAGCACUCUUCUCCGUUGAACCGACUAGUUUCGUCGUCGUUUGAAUCUACCGGCGGUUCUAUCGACACAGGACGCCGUAUAAAGAAUUAAACCAAUAUACUACAAACACUACAAUAAGUAGGUACAAUAUUUAUCGCAGGAACAGACGCCCUUGUCGUAUUGACAUGCGAUUUCCUGAAUUUCUGACCUUCGUACUUGACUGUGAUAAUUAGAACCCUUGUAUCAUUUUACGGUUCGAUCGAGAACAGUGCACGCCACCUCCGAAAAGCCAACUGUUGAAACACACCCAGCAUAUCCCCUCUUAGCGCUAUUUAAGCAAUGAUAUCUAAAUGCAGAUACAAUAAAAGGAAACAUAUCAACGCAAGAGGGUUUGAUAAGCAACGAUGACGCCAACCUAAAUAAACAAACAUUAUUAUAGGGAAAACUGUGCCGACUUGAAAGAACCAAUUAAAUUGAAGACGCAUAUCCUAUGCAGUAUCUAUGCAUUUCACCGAGCUCGGCAGUAGAAAUCCUGCUCUGAGGAUUCUUCCGAGCUGGCAACAUACGUAGCUCAUAAUUCACCUAGCAAAGGCAUUCUACGCCACCGAUGGUACAAGUCUUCCGCUCCCGAGCCUGCUUUAUCGGCAUAGGGACGGAUCUUAAGCAAUAUCUCAGCAGCCGUCGUCAGGUAUCACCUAGGAAGUGGUGUGAGCCUAUCUAGAGCUUAACCGACGCUGCGCACAGCUAUCUUCGGAGACCGGUUUUCUGCAGUUCAUUCAACAAAAUGCCAUAUAUCUAAACUAGUUCAAGAACGAACAGCUGCGUCUCAACGAAUUUUCUCAGCGACAGUGUGUGUGUAUGUCUCUCUUUUGUUUGUUUUUUUUUUUUUUUUUUCGGUUGAUCACGAUACAUUCUGUCGUUGCAUCCGCCAUUACGCCACCGCUGUAUAAAGCCGUGUCACGAAAUAUGUAUCGUGAAGUAAAGCGAGGAAAUUGCACUAUACAGUUACAAUGUAACCAGAAGUGGCAAUAUGUAACCUUAUAAUUGUGCCUCAUUUAUAGGGUACCGUCCCGCCUAUGUUCAUGAUCACACCAACGCCCCCAUUGAUUAAUCUCUUCCCCCAUUUGGUCGUUGCAGUAGUUUCAAGCUUCGGUAGAGCUCUAUUCACACGUCGUGAGUCUGUCAGUGACCUAUUUUGAUAGAGAUGUGUACUACUAUUAACUAGAAGAGUAAGGAACAAUACGAAUAAUAUCAUAAUUGCCUACCUAGUGGCGCGGUUCCAUACCCAGUAGGAAAUGGUUGCAGUCAAGUAGUAACGCCUAACACAGUUGGUUGCUGGUGCAAUUUUCUCAGUAACUGUAUUCGACGAAAGCCAGAGGAAACGGUUGAAAAAGAGAGGCACGCAGUCUCAUUCUAUACCACUUAAUGAACCAGCCACGACUGCAACCGCGAUGACGCUCGCCAUUAUUGAACUGUAUAAUAGCAGGACCGUGCCAGGCAAGAAUAAUAAGGAUUAACAAACAAGCAUCGUAGAUAGAACAGCAACCGCUAGAUAGACUAACAAUAACAGCAAAAAAUAAAGGUGACUCAUGGUGGAUAGCUAGUAAUAGUUCUUCUAGUUAUUUAGUCCGCUUCCGGGUGACAGGGUAGGAAGACUAAACGAGCGCGUCCAAUGGUCUGGGUACGUGCGUCCUCAGACCUUUGACUGGAUAUUAGAAGGAUCAAACGCCAAACUGUUGUACAUCGAACGACGACAGCCAUUAAUUAAGAAAAAAAAAA